AUGAUAGAGAACGGCGAGGAUGAGUGGAGUGGCGUGCGGGCACAAAAUGCGACGCCGUCAUCUCGAGAACUGUUGGAGCGGAUACAAUACAAUCGGGAGCUCUCACGCGCCAGCUCGUUAGCGCGGCGCCGUGUUGGCGCCCUCACUCCAUCAGAUGCAGAGGUACAAGCGGUGUACGCCGCACGCGAAGCCGCGGCAGCGCACCAGCUCGAAGAGAUAUUGCACGGAGACCGGCAUCGCCGCAGAGUAGUGUCCAUGCGGUACUAUGACGCCUUGAUGGCCGCUACAACGGACGAUGUGUUUCAGGAAUCGCAGCCACUGAGUGAUGUGGAGGCUCGUCGCGUUGUUCUUGGACCACUUAGGAAACUGGUGGCUGUCUUAGCCACGAGGCAGCGUUUCGCUGGUCUGCUGCGCUGUGCGAGCGGUGUCGGCGACGCACUCCACACCGAUCGAGUUUCCGCACAGCUCGCAGCGCACUCAGCGCUUCCUCCCCCCUCACCGUUGCCUAACAUCAGCACGCUGCUGCGAGGAAUUGCACUGCCCGACAUGGGUGCUUCACGGCGGUUCGCCGGCUCCGGCCACGGCGAUCCGGCGUUUGAUUUCGUCGAAGCCCCGCGAUCCCGGCCGUGGCAUGAGCCGUUUGCCUUUCGACUCAAACACUUCACCCCGGUGCCGAUGCCGUCAUUUGUCUUGGAUGUCGCGGCGCAGGCGGAAAGGGAGGUUCGACGAAGCGAUGGCGAAAGCCCGUCGGCACAGGAAGGAGAUGAUGUACCCACCUUGCUGGCCGUACAGCCGUCUGGGGCGCUCACGAACGUCUCGCUUCUCGCGCCCUGUACAACGAGUGGGCGGCCUGCCAAAGCAGCCGCGCACGGUCGGAGUCCUGCUGGUGCUGCCCCUGCCACCGGAUAG